UCUAUUGGUAUUCAAAUAGAUACCGAUAGUUUAUGAAUAUAGAGAGGGAUAGGAAUGUCGGAGUUCCCAAGUUCCGCUGCCAGUUUCUUCCUCAGCUCGGAACUCGGAGGAGAUCACCGCACUCCGCCGCGCACGACGGUGGUUCCUCUUCGUCAAGAUUAACUGAAACCAUCAAUUAAACAAUCGGAGGAUCGAUCGGCGGAUAUCACAAAAAUGUCGGUGGAGCCGCCUCCUUUCCAAGAAGCAGCACGCUGCGAUGUCUGCAAAUGCAGUUUCAACACCUUCCGGCGACGGCAUCAUUGCCGAUGCUGUGGAAGGACGUUGUGUCAUGAGCAUUCUUCUUUUCAAAUGGCCUUGCCGCAGUUUGGUAUUCAUUCAUCUGUUAGAGUUUGUGCUGACUGUUUUAAUAACUCCUCUCAAUCUAAAGUAGUUGGUCAACCGCCAUCAUUAGCUGUAGUUGAUCAAGUAGGAGAUACAGUUUCCCAAUUAAGCCUUGAUGGGGAUCUAAAUUCUGAGCCUAAACCAGCUGUGGAGCAUCAACCUGCAUUGGGAAUUCCAGAUUGCAAGUGUGGAAUGCCAUUAUGCAUCUGUGAAACUCCAGCUCAGCCAAUGGAAACAGAAGCAGUACCUUCGCAGAAAAAAACAGCUUCUACCUCUACUCAGUACAAUCCAAAACCAAAGAAAACCGACUCCAAUCUAAGGAAUAGAGGAUCUACCUCCAACAGCAAGCUUCGGAAUCUUGCUGAUGAAUCGAGGAUUAAUUAUGAAGCAAGUGGCGAGGGGCUAAGGGAAGCAAUCAAGAAUGGUGACACGAUUGCUGUUAAGAAACUUUUGAGCGAGGGUGUAGAUGCAAAUUAUCACGAUAAACAAGGACUGUCUUUGCUGCAUGUGGCGGCGGUCUUUAAUCAGACUGAUAUUGUUUUUGCCCUCAUUGAAAACGGGGCUAGCCUGGACUACAAAAAUGCUCAAGGAGAGACACCAUUGGAUUGUGCUCCGGCUUCUUUGCAAUAUAAGAUACGAGAGAAGAUGGAAGGACAAUGAGCAAAUGAGGAGAUGACUUCCCAUCUUUUUCCAGUAAAUAAUACUUCCAUAAUCUCUGCACUAGUGGCUUUACUCUCUCUUUUUUAUUUAUUUAUUUAUUUUUAUGACUUUUAAGUAAUUGUAUAAACCAUAAAUCUUUGAUUUAAUCUAUCCUUUUAGAUGGUCUCUGUAGUGAGUGAUGUUUUAGAGGCUGGUUGGGAGCUUAGUUGAAAAGCUGUAUUUACUUUCCAAAACAAAAUAGUUAGAGAGAUAUUUGGAUGUCUCUUGAGUUUCUAAAUUUGUUUUUGUGCUUCCUUUGACUUUUUGGGAACCGAGUUGCAAAGUUUGAUGUGUGUAAGUUUGUGAUGUAUGAUUUUAUUUUGUUUUA